AUGGCCCACACCACCGCCGCGCUUGCCGGGAUGAGGGGCCGCGCCGCAGGAGGAUGGGCCUACACAAAAGCAGGCCAGGCGCUCCCGGGCCUAUCCGCGGGCUGGCGGGUGGCAAGGCCCGCGGCCUGGACUUCUCCUCAGGCCCCUCCGGGGGAACGCGAGCGGCGGCGACGGCGACGGCGCUUCCCGGGCCCGGUUCCUCUCGACGCUUUCCCCAGCCGCGGGACCCAGGAAGAGAGGCUGAAGGCGAGCACACAAACACACCUCCCUUCGUCCCGGGCCGUAAAAUGGCCGCAGCCGCCGCGCCGGGGCGGCGAGGUCUCGGCGACCGUCAGGCGCCCCCAGGCCCUUCGCUCCCUCUGCCGCCGCCGCCGCCGCUACGGCCGUCCGCCCACCCCGCCCAGGCGUGAAUGCAUCAGCGGAGGCCUUUGCGACUGUCCAUGUGGACAGGGGUGGGUCUCCUCUGCCACCGCCUCGCGUCCGUCGCCACAGCAGCUCCAGCCGCCGCCGCUGCCGCUCCUCCCCCACGGGCGCUGGAGCUGCCGCCCGGCUCCCGCCCCCACCGCGCGCCGCCGCCCCCAGCGCCGCUCCCCCUCAGGAGCCCGGGCUCGGCUCGCGGGCAGAACGGUCUGCGGCGCCGCACGGAACACCGACUUGAGGCUCCAGACGCCGUGGCUCUCGGUGGAGCGGGCCCUGCGCGGCGCCGACUCGGCCUGGACGCGUUUCGUCCAAAAAAAGUCUCGACCGCCGAGGGCCCCAUGGCAGACCUGCAGCCGCAGAAAACUAAUAUACAUGGAAUGGGAAACAAGGUGGAGUUACAUAAAAGACGUCUUUUGAGCAGCCUGAGGUAGGAUCUUUAAGACAAAGUCCAUUGUUUUGUGUUACGAAUUUCAGCUAAUGUCUAUGGGAACACAUAAUUCCAACUUUAAAAAUGUGGCAUCAAAAUCACCUGGAAAGGCUUGUUAAAACAGGUUGCUCUACCCCACCCCUAGAGUUUCUGAUUCAGCGGGUCUGGAGUGCACCUGAAAAUUUGCAUUUUUAGUAAGUUCCCAAGGUGUUACAACAUGCUGCUGAUUAGGGGACCACAUUAUGAAAACCACUAGAUUAAACAAUCUCUAAAUUUCCUUUCAGUUUAAUUCCAUGAGUCUGCAAUUACAAGUGAAAUGAUCAGUUUCCAUGUUAAAGUAUAAGAUUAAAGAUAUUUCAGAAAUCACUACUCCUCCUUGUGAACAUUAUCAAUUAAAAACUGAUAGUAUCAUGUGACUCUUAAGGUAUUCCGGCCUAGAAAAAGUCAGAUUGAGGAUAUGUCCCUGAAAUAUAGCUAUAUUUAGUAUAUAUGCAUAUAUAUAUAUAUAUGUAUAUGUUUAAUAUAUUUACAAAUGUAGCCUUUUUUUUAUACGUACAUUUUGAAUGAUACCCAGGGGUGUUACUAAGAAUGCUUUUGAAUGGUAGAAAUACAAAAUGUUAGAAUUACAAAACCAAUUCUCUGAGUUAUACAAUCAAUUUUUAUUACAA